AUGGAACUCCUUGAUUUAAGGAAAAAUCAACUCAGUGGAACUGUGCCCACCGAGUUGGGCAGUUUGGUCCUGGUUAAGAAAAUUAUAUUAGAGCAGAAUCAGCUUGUUAGUAGCAGCAAUAUCCCUUUGCCUUUUCUCAUUGCUCUCACAAAUUGUUCCCACCUAGAAUUUAUAAAAAUGUCGCACAAUCAUUUGAGCGGUGUUUUACCUCGAUCCAUAGGCCACCUUUCUUCAAAGCUCUCUAUCUUAGAUUUUGGGAACAACCAGAUAAGGGGUAACAUUCCUCAACAAAUUACAAAUCUUACCAACUUAACCUACUUGAACAUAAGUAACAAUCUUCUAAGCGGAUACCUGCCAUCUGGACUCAAAAGAUUCUAUAAGUUGGAAAGAUUGGAUUUGAGUGGCAAUAAUAUAGGAGGAGGCCUUCAAGAGGAAAUCGGCAAGAUGAAAAGUCUAGGGGAGUUGGAAGUUAGUUGGACCAAUCUAUCAGGAACAAUACCAGGCUCUCUUGGUAGACUUCAACAGCUGAGAAGACUUUUUCUGCACCACAACUAUUUCUCAGGAGAGAUACCUUCUGGUUUGCAGAAAUGUCCAAACUUAGAACUGGUAGACAUCUCUCACAACCACCUGAGUGGAAACAUCCCUGGAGAAUUUAUGACAAGUCUAAAAGGCCUUCAGUUUUAUUUGACUAUAUCAUGGAAUUUUUUACAAGGACCACUUCCUGUGGAAAUAAGUAAAAUUGUAAGUGCUCAAGCAAUAGACAUUUCUUGUAAUAAGCUUGACGGAAUGAUUCCCUCAGCUCUUGCAAAUUGCUUAGCACUGGAGUAUCUCAAUCUCUCUAAUAAUGCAUUUGAAGGUCCGAUUCCAGAUGCACUUGGGAAAUUAAAAAAUUUGGAAUCUGUUAAUCUUUCUUUCAAUUUCCUAUCAGGUACAAUACCUACAUCUCUUACAAAUAUGAAAGUGCUCCGCUACUUCAAUGCCUGUUUCAACAAUUUGACAGGUGAAGUUCCAAAAGUAGGAUUGUUUUCAAAUAACAAAUUUAAUGAAUCAUUUAUGGGAAAUAAUGGUCUGUGUGAUACAGAAAAUUUACCAGAGCACGCAUGUCCAAAUCAGGGUAAGAAAUUGAAGUCACCACUUACAAAAACAAUGUUAUCAGCUGCUGGAGUGAUUGCAUUUUUACUGUGUAUUUCAAUCUUUGGAAUAUUGUGUUGUCGGAAAUAUUCACCAAGUCAAUUUGAUCUUCCAGAUUUCAUGUUUGGAAGACUGAGAUAUCCAAGGUUAACAUAUCAAGAAUUGGUCAAUGCUACAAACGGAUUUAAUGAGACAAAUUUGCUUCGUGUAGGUUGCUUUGGCUCAGUUUUUAAAGGAAUUUUAAGAGAUGGUAUGUUAGUUGCAAUCAAAGUUCUGAAUUUCCAAAAUGAAGAACUCGAGAACAGUUUUAAGAGAGAAUGCAAAAUCUUGGCUAGGACUCGACAUCGAAAUCUCGUUAGAGUUAUAAGUGCUUAUUCAGACCUUAACUUCAAGGUUUUGAUUCUUCAGUUUGCUACAAAUGGGAGCUUGGAAAAGCUUUUGUAUCCUGAAAGUAAUGAGGAGGAUCGUUGUGAGUUCAGGUGUCCUGUCCGUGAACCCGCAACUUUAACUUUUGACACAAAUUCUUCUUCCUUUAUGCUUUUAAGGGAUUUCCAUACCGUGCUUCGAAGCUCCCAUUUUGCUGAGCUGGCUGCGUGCUGGCAAAUCUUGUGGUGGUCAAUGAGAAAAGAAAAUCUCCUGAAAAAUCUGGGAAAGUCUUCACAAAUAUCAGGUCAGUGA